UGUUUUUCAUAGUUGUUUCAUAAGUUCCUGUAUUAUCAGCAGAAGCAGCGCCCCUAUUUCUCCUAUAUGUUCAAACUUCAAAUCUUCAAGGGCAGCUGACAUCGCUGGUCUCAUAAUGUCCUGUCUGUGUUUUAAUUAUCUCCCAAACGAUUAAACUAACCAAUUCUGCAAUAUCGAUUUUAUGUCCAUAUAACCUAAAAAUUUGUAUUCGUUUACUUUUGCAUUUCACAACAUUUUGGAACAAAGAGUAUUUGAAGGGAAUGUGUCAGAAAAAAUAUUUUUGAGGAAAAUAGGUUAUAGUGGUUGGUAUGUUAUGUUCUUCAGAAUCAAGGGUACCAUUAAUUUUAUCAAAUUUGUCACUGAAAUCCUGUAAAAUGAGUAGCGGAUUCUACUUACGCAAAGCGAAGCAAAAUUGCGCUGAUAAUAACUAUCCUGAAGCUUAUAAAAAUUUCGUCAAUUAUUUCGAAAGCUUAUCAGAUCCCUCAGAGGCCACAGCUGCAGUUCAACUGGCAUUUACAAAAUUGGUUUGCAAAAUUGGAGUGGUUCUAGAAGAUGCAGAUAACACUGAAGAAUUGUUUAAAGUUUAUUUGCAAGCUCUUAAUUUUUUCCCAAACAACUAUGUUAUUUUAAACAAUUUGGGAGCUUAUCUUUUUAAAAUUGGUGAAACAAACAUUGCAAGGAGAUAUUUGGAUAUGGCAGUUAAUUGUAGCAAAAAUUACUUACCUGCUCAAAAAAAUUUGAUGCAAUGUAAAUGGGAACAGAUGCCUCGCUGGCAUUUUAAGAUGUUAAAUGACAAAAACAGAAAUAUGGCAUAUUACAAAGCAGUGACAAAUGUUAUUGAUAAAGGAUUUACCAAUGUCAUUGAUGUUGGAGCCGGUUGUGGUUUGUUAAGUUUAUUUGCUUCCCAAAAUUCUGAGGUAAAUGUUAUAGCAAUCGAAGAGAACAAAUUUUUGGCAAAAAUGUGUGAAGAUGUUUUAAAGGAAAAUGAAAGAGUGAAUGUAAAGGUGUUGAAUUGCAAUUCUACCAAACUUACAGAACCAUAUGGAUCUUGUAAUUUAAUUGUGACGGAAAUAUUUGAUGUUGCUCUGUUUGGUGAACGAAUGUUGGAAAGUUUAAUACAUGCACAUCAAGUUUUAGUCACUGAAAAAUCGUUUAAGAUUAUACCAUGUGCAGCCAGGUUAUUUGCAAUGGGGAUAGAUUAUAGAAGUCUUCAAAACUUCCGUUAUGUUAAUAAAAUAGCAGAACUUAAUUUGACAGAUAUUUGUAUAAGGCAAGUUGAUCCUGAUCCCUACGAAGCAGAAGAUCUAUCUGUCAAGGAUGUUGAGUACAUAUCGGAAGCAGCAAAAAUUUUUGACAUUGAUUUUUAUGAUGUAGGCCAGCUGAAUGACAUGUUGACCAAUAAGAAUUUUUCUACUAUAAUAAAAAUAAGGUGCCUUAAAGAUGGACAAUUAACAGCACUAGCUGUGUGGUUCGAACUGGAUUUGGAUGAAAAUAUUACAAUAACAACAAAUCCACUAAGUAAAGACCGUAUUUUAUGUUGGGAACAAGCUGUUUUCCAUUUGCCUCACACGAUUUCUGUAAAAACAGGGGAAGUUAUCCAAUUUGAAGUUACAGUUUUCGAUAGUCAGUUGAAGUUCUAUCAGAUCACCAAACCAGAUGUCUGUGUUUCGUGUUGGCUGGUUACCAAAGAUAUCAUCACAUUUUUGAACGAUGACUUGGUUGUAAGAAAAUUUAUCGAAUUAUCUAUGAAAUUUACAGAUACAGUGCCAGUGAUGGAUUUAAACUGCUUUCCCUUGUUUGGUUUCCUAAUGGCCAAAAGAGGUUCCAAGUUUUACACAGCCCUCAAACAUGACAACAGUAUGCAGAAUAUUGAUUUUUUUGACCAUGUUUUGAAGACAAACGAUGUCAAGGGUCAAAUGAUAGUACUGGAAGAAAAAUUAACUUGCAACACAGCAAUGUGUGUGGUUUUUGAAUAUUUAACAAAGUGCCAAUUUUGUCUGAUAGAUCCAAUAAGCAGCGACGGAUCACUUCAACAAAGUAUUUUAUUCAAAGAAAAAAAUGCUCCAUUAUUCAACACUAUCAUGUUGCCGAAAACGUUGAAAGUGAAUGCGAUCCUCAUAAACUCUUGGUAUCUCGAAUACUGGAAUAUGGUGAAAGAUGAAAAUGUUUUUGAUUUCAAGAUAGCGCAGUACGUCAAUCAGUAUAUGGGCACUGAACAUCCCAAUCUCGAUAAUUUCGAAUACACUAAAUAUUCUGAACCAAUAACCUUUUUAAUAGACGAGAAAAACCUUACAAAGAGCGAAUUUAUUACGGUCACCAAAGAUGGGCAAGUGAAUGGUUUAUUGACUUGGUUUGAUAUCAUCUUUUAUGAAGACGUUACCUUUUCGAGUCUAGAUAGUUUUCAUUUCAAAAGAAGUUGCUACAUCUUUGAACCUCAAUUGGUAACUGAUGGUAAUACAUAUAAAGUGUCGAUGCGACGGGAAGGAUCUUACUUGGAUAUUCUGUUCAAUGUUCCGUAAAUGUUAAGAGAUUCUCUACAUGUCAAAAAGAUGUCGUUAAGCUGUGACUGUUAUGUAAUUGUUUAAUGUCAAACCAAAAACAAUAAAAAAAUGUACCAAAAUUGGAAAAGUUAUUACA